AUGUCCGUUAAUUCGCCUCCUUUGAGUCCAUGGAGUCGCCCCUUUGAGGCCGGUCCUUCUCGUACUUCCCCUUACUUAGACGAUUUCGAUGAUUUAGAAGACGGUCAAUCGCUUCUUGGAAGAAAAGUUAUUCACUCUCCUGGCUCUGACGCGGGUAGCCCAACACAUCUGGUUUCUCGUGACGUCACGGCUGACGAGGUUUAUGACGAGGCUGGAAAUGUCAAGUCGGAGCGUGAAGACAACAUGAAGACCGAGAUUGAUGCUCCGGUCAUGCGGAUUCCUAAGAAAAAGAGGAAGCCACGAGUAAGACCCGACCCACCGGGUUCCACACUCUCCACUCGACAAUCCCUGCGUGACAUUCAUGCUCGCUUUAAGAUCUCCAAGGAAAUAAACGAAGCUUCCGUCGGUUCUAAAUGGCUCGACAAGAUCUUAACCGAAUGGGGGACUCGCGCUCCGAAGCGGUUGGUGAAGUUCCCGGAGGACACGAAUAGUUUACACGACGCCUUCAUUGCUCGACGGUGUCGUUGGAGGAAGCACUUCUCCUUUCAGCGAGUUGAGAGAGCUAGAGCUCAGCAAGUUGGUUCCACUCUUCUAGGUUCAUCUCCGCCUUCGAAUCGCACCGGAUCCAGUGCGCCCAUAUCUCCCAGGCUUACCCUCCGUGACAAAUUGAAGCUAGCGAAGAAGGAGAAAGCCGAGGUGGCGCGGCAUACUGAGGAGCAGCAUACUGAGGAGCGGCAGCUUUUUAAGGUAGAUGCGAAAGCCGAGGUGGCGCGGCCAUUCCGAUUCCGGACGACUCUGUUGCUGACCGGUUUUCUCCCCCCUGCUUCAGUCCGCGAGUCUCGGACCAGAUAUGAGUCGACUCGCACGCCCCGCCUGGCUGCCGCCUCAUUGGUUCGUCACGAGGAGACAAGUCACAAAGAUAAGAGCCGCAAGCGCGGAACGGACAGCAGGAGAGAGUUUCAUUCUGAGGAGAGGGCUUUCAAGGAACCACGACGUCACUCUAGUGACCGCGGGAUGGCUGCUUUCGACCUUGACCAGACUGCUCCCACUGCACUUUCCAGGAUUACUCUCUCUGGUAUUCGCUUUCCUCCUCCCGACACCCUGGAGUGCAACGGGAAAUACGCCGAGAUGGCUCGUCACGGGAUCCAGUUCAUCGCCCAUCUUAACAAGAUGGUUUUGGAUUACGAGGCGCAAUCUAGGGCGAGUAGGCGUCGGUUCGAGAAUGUGCAGCGUGACACCGAGAAGUACAAGGGUGAGGCGAGCGUGGCAACGAAGCGGUCUACUGACUUGGAGUCCGAGGCGAGACAACUCCGCGAAGGAAAAAGAGGACUUAUCUCAGCAAGGUGCAGAAGGAAAAAGAGGACUUAUCUGCUUCCAACACCCGCUAUUUCCAGAGGCUAG